GUAAACUAACAUACUGUGCUUGAUCAAUGCUUUAUGGGUCGAGCAAUAACAAAUAUCUCUGCACAGUUGCUAACUAGGUGGUUAGUUAGUUAGCUGUCAAAAAACAUGCUUCUUCAGACUUUCAGGCCAUGGCUGACCCUGCUUCGUUGCAGAGGAUUGCCAGUAGCAACAACACGACUUUACCACGGUGACAGAGUGGCAGCCGUCGGUACACAGCCUGACACACAGUCCGCGGAGUUUGCGGAAAACUAUGAACGAAUGCAAGUCCUUGUUGAUGAGUUGAAAGGCAGAUCGGAGAAAAUCAAAUUGGGUGGAGGAGAACGUGCCAGAAAUCUGCACAUCUCCAGAGGGAAGCUUCUCCCCAGAGAACGUAUAGACAGACUGCUGGACCCAGGGUCUCCGUUCCUGGAAUUCUCCCAGUUUGCAGCAUACGAGCUCUAUGGGAAAGAGGAGGUUCCAGCAGGAGGCAUCAUCACAGGGAUUGGCAGAGUCUCAGGGGUGGAGUGUGUUAUUGUUGCUAACGACGCCACGGUGAAAGGAGGCACCUACUACCCAGUCACAGUGAAGAAGCACCUCCGAGCCCAGGAGAUAGCUCAGCAGAACCACCUGCCAUGUAUAUACCUGGUGGACUCCGGGGGAGCCAACCUCCCCAGACAGGCCGAGGUCUUCCCAGACAGAGAACACUUUGGACGGAUCUUCUUCAACCAGGCUCGCCUCUCCUCAGACGGAAUAGCACAGAUAGCGGUGGUCAUGGGGUCGUGUACAGCAGGGGGAGCGUAUGUCCCGGCCAUGGCUGAUGAGAGUAUCAUCGUCAGGAAACAAGGAACCAUCUUCCUGGGAGGACCCCCUCUGGUAAAAGCAGCAACAGGUGAGACAGUCUCUGCUGAGGAUCUUGGAGGGGCGGAUCUUCACUGCAGGAAGUCAGGUGUAACAGACCACUACGCUCUAGACGAUAGCCACGCCCUUCACCUGGCUCGCAAGGCCGUCCGCAACCUCAACUACACCAAGAACAUACAGGUGACCACAGAGCCCCCCGAGGAUCCUCUCUACCCAGCUGAGGAGCUGUAUGGCAUCGUAGGAGCCAACCUCAAACGCAACUUUGAUGUCAGAGAGGUGAUAGCAAGGAUUGUCGAUGGCAGCCGGUUUGAUGAGUUCAAAGCCUUCUACGGAGAUACAGUGGUCACAGGGUUCUCCAGGAUAUUCGGGUACCCCGUUGGAAUCAUUGGUAACAAUGGAGUCCUGUUCUCAGAGUCUGCUAAGAAAGCAACUCAUUUCAUAGAGUUAUGCUGUCAAAGAAAUAUUCCACUUAUCUUUCUACAAAACAUCACAGGCUUCAUGGUGGGCAGGGAGUACGAGGCAGGUGGCAUCGCCAAGGACGGGGCUAAGAUGGUCACAGCGGUUGCGUGUGCCAACGUGCCCAAGAUCACGGUGAUCAUCGGUGGCUCGUAUGGAGCGGGCAACUACGGCAUGUGUGGCAGAGCUUACAGCCCCCGGUUUCUGUACAUGUGGCCCAACUCCCGUAUCUCUGUGAUGGGUGGAGAGCAGGCUGCCACCGUGCUGGCUACCAUCACUAAAGACCAGCGGACUAGAGAGGGCAAGGAGUUCACAGCAGAGCAGGAGGCCGCCAUGAAGGAACCCAUCGUCAAACGGUUUGAAGAGGAAGGAAGCCCGUACUUCUCCAGCGCAAGGCUAUGGGAUGACGGUAUCAUCGACCCGGCUGACACCCGUCUGGUUCUGGGAAUGAGUCUCAGUGCUACACUCAAUGCCCCGACACAGAGGACACGCUUCGGAGUGUUCCGGAUGUAAACAUCCACGGGCCCACUGGAGGACAGACUAAACAUCCACAGGCCCACUAGAGGACAGACUAAACAUCCACAGGCCCACUAGAGGACAGACUAAACAUCCACAGGCCCACUAGAGGACAGACUAAACAUCCACAGGCCCACUAGAGGACAGACUAAACAUCCACAGGCCCACUAGAGGACAGACUAAACAUCCACAGGCCCACUAGAGGACAGACUAAACAUCCACAGGCCCACUAGAGGACAGACUAAACAUCCACAGGCCCACUAGAGGACAGACUAAACAUCCACAGGCCCACUAGAGGACAGACUAAACAUCCACAGGCCCACUAGAGGACAGACUAAACAUCCACAGGCCCACUAGAGGAGACUCUGGAGCCAGUCUGUACUAUAGAGUCUUCAAGGACUGUAUCCUGUAUGCGACGUCCCAAAUGGAACCCUAUUCCCUAUAUAGUGCACUACUACCACAUGGGCCCUGGUCAAAUGUAGCGCACUAUGUAGGGAGGCAUUUGGGACAAUCAUGUAUUUUGUAGAACCAGUCAAUUGUACAACCCCAGGCAGCGUUGUCCGUAGUGUGUGUGUGGUGACUGACCAUAGAAGAAGAAUUUGUUCUGGAAAAGCAAUUAAUUAAACUGUCAGCUUUGUUCAACUGUAUCUGUAUUCUGUAAGCGGGACAUUCACACAUAACUCUGACUUCAGCAUAAAUCAUUAAUCAGUGUCAAUAAGGAGACUUCUGAUAAAGUCUAAGAUAAGUAAGAUAAGUAAUCGAACCUCAAGUCAGAAUACUAAGUGUCCUCCUUAAUCACAUUCAGUGCCUGUUACUCCUUCUGAUAUGGUCAAACAUCAGGAUUCAUAUCACACCGCCUCUGGGAGUCUCUUUCUAACUAACUCUCUGUUUUUUUAUUUUGUUGUAUGUUGCUUCUAUUUUCUCAAAUUUGGAUUACCGUUCUGGUGUUCACCAAUUAAAUGAAUUGACCACA